AUGGCGCACUCCCAUGAUGAUGUCACGUGUGACAUCAUCGUGCAGGCUGGUGGUGUUAGUGCUGCUGUGGGGUACCCACUGGACACCGUAAAGGUGAGAAUUCAGACAGAGAGAAGAUAUCAUGGAAUACGGCACUGUAUCAUAGAAACAUACAGAACAGAAAAGGUGCCUGGUUUCUUCAGAGGUGUCUCAAUGACAAUUGUAAUGGCAUCGUUUAUUUCAUCAUUUUCAUUUGGUGUCUACAAAAACUUCCUUUACAACAUCUGCAAAUUAAGAUACGGCUCUGCAGACAGCAAGCCAUCAAAGAUGGAUGUAUCUUUUGCUGGGUGUGCUACUGGCGCAGUCCGGGUUGUGCUAUUGGCACCUGCAGAGAUAGCCAAAGUAAGGCUGCAGAUCCAGAAAGAGCCACACCACUUGAUGGCAUCAACCCAUCUCUUUGACUCCAAGCCUAAGUACCAUGGUGCUGUGCACUGCUUGCGGAUGAUAAUAAAGGAAGAAGGCCUUGGAGGUCUGUACAAGGGAUCUUUGGCUCUGCUGUGUAGAGACUGCCAUUCAUCUGCAACCUAUUUCCUUACCUAUUCAGCUCUCUGUGACUGGCUUACUCCAGCUGGGAAAGACAAACCAGACCUCUGGGCUGUACUUCUUGCUGGGGGCUGUGCUGGAGUGCUGGGUUGGGGUGCAGCGACCCCCAUGGAUGUCAUUAAAUCGCGGAUGCAGGCUGAUGGUAAAUACACCGGACUGAUGCAUUGUGCCAGGGAGAGCAUAAAAGAAGAAGGAGUGAGAGUUCUUUUCAAGGGUCUUGGACUCAACUCUGUCCGGGCUUUUCCUGCUAACAUGAUGAUUUUCUUCAUAUAUGAAGCUGUGCUGAGGCUCGGAGAACGUUUGGCGAAGUGA